AUGGGAGUAGGACCAGUUGAUUCCUUCCUGGCUUACGCCGAUCCGGCUCUGAACACCGAGGUGUCAACCCCGCAUGGCCUCACUGCAUCUGCAAAGAUAACCAUGGGAUCAAGAAGGCGACUAUUCCAGUUGGGUUCGAGGGCAGCCCUAAGGGGACCCAAAAACAUGAAUAAAGCUAAAGUAAACAAACAAGCAUCGGAAGUGAACCCCUUCGCAAGGAGAGGUUUUGAGAGAUCUCCACCCAACGCAUCGGGUGCGAGAGAAAUGGAGACGAAGGACACGAGUAGCGAAGUAGUCGUCGUGGAGAGCGAUAACGAUACGCCAAUAGUCGAUAAGCAGCAGCACAAUGCAGUGGAGAUAGGGUCGAGUGGCAUCCUGCCGAGCUUGACCGUCGUCAUGGUGCAACUCGAUGACAUUAUCGACUUCACCAAUGAACGGGGCAAUAUGUCGAGGGAGCUGAAGCUGAAAUUGCUUAAGCUUCGCAAUUUGGUUCUUGCUGCCAAGCAAGAACAGGAAGUGCUGCGGCCAGACUGGAAGGCUGUGGAGGCGUUAGAUUUUGCCCUCAGAGACAGAGCGGUAGAGAGGAGAACAGAUAAGCGAGCCAGGGACUCGCCUGGCAUUAAGCGCUUUAAACAGAACGCAAAAAGGCGUCGGGAGAGCGCAAAUCAGAAGAGCGGGCCCACGGAAGUUGCAAACAUGGGAGAACGGCGUACGAAGAAAGCGAGGACGAAACGAGCCAGUCGGCCACCGGAGGAGGGAAGCCAACCCGACCAAGACAACCUGCGGUCGGACGGUCCCUGGCAAACGGUAGUAAAUAAACCGAAGGUGAAAGCGGCAAUCACGCGCCCGGCGAGAGCCAGACAGAAGGGUGAAGCACUUCUCAUUAAAACAGAGAAAGAGCGCUACGCCGACGUGCUCAAGGCGAUGCGCAGCGCCGAGAAACUGGCGGACCUUGGUAAAGAGGUUUGUAGCGUAAGGCGGACGAGAGCGGGCGAGAUGAUCCUUGUCUUAAGGAAGGGCUCACAGGCGAACGGUACCUCAUAUGGAGCGCCAGCCCAGGAAGUCCAAGGCGAGAGUGUAGAAGUGAGGGCUCCACACGACGAAAUUACUCUCCAAUGUAAGCAGCUGGACGAGGUCACGACUUCGGAAGAGAUCGCCUCGGCCAUCAAGGACCAAGGUGGAGUGGUGGUAGCAAAUGCGUCCAUCCGUCUGCGAAGAGGACCGCAGGGGACGCAGAUUGCCACGGUGAAGUUACCGGCCAUCGACGCUAACAAGGUGAUCAAAGUUGGUAAGCUGAAAAUUGGCUGGUCAGUAUGUCCAGUCAGCCUCUACCAACCACCGGUAGUCGACAAGUGCUUCCGCUGCCUCGAACCGGGACACAAAUCGUGGGCGUGCAAAGGGCCGGAUAGGAGUAACCUAUGUAGGCGAUGCGGCGAAGAGGGUCAUAAGGCGCACACGUGCGAGAAAGCACCAUCGUGUACGCUAUGCCAGUUGCUGUGGCAGUCGGUAGUAGAAGCGAGAACGGACGUCGCUAUCUUGUCGGACCCGUACCGCAUCCCCGCGGAUAAUGGGAACUGGGUAGCGGAUAGAUCCAAAUCAGCGGCGAUUUGUACGACGGGAAGAUACCCGAUCCAGGAAGUGCUGAACACAAGAGCGGAGGGUACUGUUAUAGCGAAAAUAAAUGGAGUGUACUACUGCAGCUGCUACGCCCCACCAAGGUGGCCGAUAGAACAAUUCACCGAGAUGGUCGAUCGGCUAACAUCAGACCUAGUGGGUAGCAAGCCAGUAGUAAUUGCAGGAGACUUCAAUGCGUGGGCGAUAGAGUGGGGAAGUCGCUUUACUAACCGGAGAGGGCAAACGCUGCUAGAGGCUUUCGCCAAGCUGGAUGUCGUGCUGUGCAACGAAGGCUCCAAAAGUACCUUCCAGCGAAACGGAGUGGAAUCGAUAAUAGACGUAACGUUCUGCAGUCCAAGUUUGGUCGGUGAUAUGCAGUGGAUGGUCGACGACGGUUACACCCACAGUGACCAUCUAGCUAUCCGGUACAGGAUAGGCAGCGAGGCAAGAAGAGAAAGCCGGAGAGCUACUCCCACAACCCGGUCGUGGAAGGUCGCCCACUUCGACGGUGGGACCUUCAGUGAAGCUAUGGGUCUGGAAGAAAACACGGGAAGUUUAAGCGGCGACGAACUGAUUGCGGUCCUGUCUCGAGCUUGUGACGAGGAAGGUGCGACCACGGAACUGCAGGCCACAGGUAUACUGGUGGAGCGAUGA